AUGUCGGGAGGAGAAUCGUCCCAACCACCGGUUAAGGAACACAUAUCGUUCACAUUCCAAUGUCCGACUUUGACAUUGACGAACUACACAAUUUGGAGGAUGCGCAUGGAGGUGCUACUCGGGAUUCAUGGCGUUUGGGAUGUGAUCGAUCCCGGACUAGAUGACGUGAAGAAAAACAACAUCGUGAAAAGAUUGCUGUUUCAAUCGAUUCUGGAGGAUUUAAUCCUUCAAAUUGGUAAUUUGAAAACCGGAAGAGAGAUGUGGGAAGCAAUUAAAACUCGUAACCUAGGAGCUGAUCGUGUGAAGGAAGCCCGACUCCAAACUCUAAUCACGAAAUUUGAAAAUCUAAAGAUGAGCGAUAAUAGUACAAUAGACGAGUUCGCUGCAAAACGUGGUUGGCGCUUAAACGCUUAUGAAGAAAGAAUUAAGGGUGAAGACAAAGUAAUCAAUUCUCAAAAUAAAUUACUUUAUUCCAAAACUGAAUCGUCCAACAGAAACACCGAUUCAUCAAGAGGUAGAGGUCGGGGUUCAAAUAACCGAGGAAGAGGACGUGGUGGUGGACGUGGCGGUGGACGUGGUCGGGGUAACACCAAAAAUCACAAUCACCCGGAAUCCUCUAAAAAUCGUGACGAUCAAAAGCAAAAAGGAAAACAACGCGAGAAAAGAGAUCUCUCAAAUAUUCAAUGUUAUCGGUGUGACAAAUUUGGCCACUUUGCUUCAAGAUGCCCGGACCGAAUAAAAAAUCAUGAGGCUAACCUAAAUCAGACACACGAAGGAGAUACAUAUCAUGAAGAAGGGACGUUCUUUAUGAUGAAUACAAUUCAAGAAACAGUGUUCUUGAAUGAAGAUAAAUACAUCCCUCCAAAAGUCGAAGCAAAUGCCGAUGAAGACAGAAUUUGGUACUUAGAUACUGGUGCGAGUAACCACAUGACCAGAAACUACACUUAUUUUUCUGAAUUAAAUAAAAACAUAACGGGCAAAGUGAGAUUUGGAGAUGGAUCAUGUGUUAGCAUUAAAGGAAAAGGCUCAAUUUUGUUCGAAGGGAAAAGUGGUGAGCAAAAAUUAAUGAAAGAUAUUUAUUAUAUCCCAUCACUUCGUAGCAAUGUUAUUAGCCUUGGGUAA